AACACAAGAGAGGCUACUUGGCAACAGAUAUUCGCAAAGGGUGGUAGUGUAUUGUAGUGCGUAUUGGAAAUCAGCAUUUUAUUUCUAAUUUUACCUAAAAUAUAAGCAAAAUAUGUUCAAAAACACGUUUCAGAGUGGAUUUUUAUCCAUAUUGUACAGUAUAGGUAGUAAACCUUUGCAGAUAUGGGACAAAAAGGUGAGAAAUGGUCAUAUCAAGAGGAUAACAGACAAUGACAUCCAGUCACUAGUAUUAGAAAUUGUUGGUACAAAUGUAAGCACAACAUAUAUUACCUGUCCAGCAGACACAAAGAAGACACUUGGCAUCAAACUCCCUUUUCUUGUUAUGAUAAUCAAAAAUAUGAAGAAAUACUUUACCUUUGAAGUUCAAGUUCUUGAUGAUAAGAAUGUACGGCGACGGUUCAGGGCCAGCAACUACCAGAGUACAACAAGAGUAAAACCAUUCAUAUGUACAAUGCCCAUGAGACUAGAUGAUGGCUGGAACCAGAUUCAAUUCAACUUGUCAGAUUUUACGAGGCGUGCAUAUGGAACAAACUACAUCGAGACACUCAGAGUUCAAAUUCAUGCUAACUGCCGUAUCCGACGCGUGUACUUUUCAGAUCGUCUAUAUUCGGAGGAUGAAUUACCAGCAGAGUUUAAAUUGUACUUGCCAGUGCAAAACAAAUCAAAGCCAUAGAGGGAGGAAUAAAAACAAACUCACAAAAGACUAUCUUAAAGUUCAGGAAAAAGCAACAUUUUUAUCAUCUCUGCAAUUGUUGAAAUUUUAUGCCAAUAUUAUUAUCAAAAGUUUUCUAAAUUUGUUCUAUUAAAGUUGAAAUGAUGAAUGAAUCUACAGAAAUGUUUGCAUCGUUAAUGUGAAAUAGAACAAUUUUAAUGCAUGGCAACUUCUUGUUUACAUAUUGGAUGACUAUCAUUAGUACUUGCAUCAGAGGACGAGGUUAAAGAAAAAUAAUUUAAUAAUAAUAAAGUGUAUUAUAUAACCAGCAGUUGCUUGUCCCUUGAGGAUAGCUAAGAGUGCAGCAUCACUAAUCAUCACGUAAAUUCUGUGUGAACAUAUAGGUGUAUUUUACCAGGUUAUACCAGUUAAACACUAAUUUUCAAGAUACUGAUUGUUUUUGAAAUCAUAAAAUUAUAUCCUAUUACAUAGUUAUGCAAAUAAUGAGUAUUUAUAUGAGUGCAAUGUGAAGAAUAUUUUCUUGAAUUGAAAGGUGGACUGUUCCCUUCAAUGAGGUGAACCCUCCUUGAAUGGAACGUUUUUCGCCAAAUGAAAGUACAGUAUUUGGAAUGAUUAUUCUUUCCAUUGCACAAGUACAAAAAACCAUUCAUUUUUUGUUAUCAAAUACACCUAGAGAAGAUUCUUGUCAAAUGAAAUUUUAAAACAAAUUAUAGUUAAUUAGAUGAAAACAUCGUAUUUUACAACGAAUGGGUUGAGAUGUGCAAUGGGACAAACCAGAGGGAUCUAAAGAAAUAGAACUAAGAAUGAUGCAAAUAAACAAAAUCGAUUAUUUUGCUAUGAAAUUGUGUAAAUGUCAUGAUGUUAAAUCCAUCAAUCAAAUUACAAGGAUCUAUUUAGGUGUGUUGUAGAAUGUCAAUAAUAUGCUGGACUUGCAUAGCGCAGACUCAACAGUGUUCCAUAAUGUUGCAGUCUCAGUUGACAGUAGAACAUUGAAGUGACCACUACCCUGAUCGAACCCUGGAACUUUUGAUUAAAAGCCCGAUGCUUUACUGCUGCACUGCAUUUUUUCAGGUGGUACCUUGAGGUUGUUUCAACGUCAGGCGCAAUAAAUCUCAUAUUAUUUUCGAUUAAAGCAAAUAUAUAACACUAUUGUUCCUUGAAGAGAAGUUAUACAAUGCAUUCCAAAGUAGUUUAUUCAGUUGAGAGUAAAAUGUAAUUAAUAAAAUAAUUCACCUAGGCUAAAAUUGCUUUAACAGGAAUUCAUUAGCAUUAUUGAGAUUAUUACCUCUCUGGCUAUACAUAACCUCGUAGCCUAUACAUGUUGUUACUUAUCUGUACAUAUUAUAUUUAUAAAACCUAAUGUUUUAUACCUUCAAAAAACUGAAUGUUUGUUAUUUGUAUAAAAAUAAGAGAAAAUUUCAGGAACUGGAAAACAUUUAAAUAUCCAAAGCAAAUCAAAUUCUUUUUCUAAUUAGCUUAUACUUUGGUGUUAAUAGUAAUUAUAUAUCUCUGCGAUCUAGACAUACCUUAAUUUAUAUAUGAUCUGAAUUGCAAAAUGUUCAUGUUGUUUAAUGUUCCAUUUAAUGAUAGACAUAUACAUUUCAGAACUUAAUUGUUGCAGCUAUUUCAGUUUCAAUAAUAAAUUGGUUGAUGGUGCAUCCAUUAAUCAUAAUUGUA